ACAACUUUCUUGCCAAAGAAAUCUACAAUUACCCGGCGAAACAAAAACCAACGAACCCUCGCGAAAAUCAGCAGACGCGUCAAACACAAUGCCGAAAGACUCUCACGUUCUUCCUUCCAAACCCAUCGAAUCCCACCCGGUGCCCAAGAAAGCCUUUGGCCGUGUCCUAGACGACGAUCGUCCAAUCGACGACUUCGAGAAUACCGUCCGCAGAGAAGAAGCGCAAAAACUCGCUGAGGAACGAGGUCCGAGUCCGCCGAAUCGUGCCGCAGCUAGACAUCCGCCUGAUCAUCCUCAUGCGCCUCAUCAGCCGAAUGGAAGAGAAGGGACGACGUCGAGCAAGUAUCGGAGUGAAGCAGCAACGAUCGAGCACUUCAUUUUAUAUGAAUAG